AAUUAUUUGGGCCACAGGUCUUUGCUUAGAGAAAAACACAUUUAAAUUUACCUGGCAGUAAAGCAUAGAGAAACUGAGAUAAAAACAGCUUGCAGCUGUCAUCCUGCUGUGCUUCCAGGCGCUGUGAGCCCUGCAGGUACUGCACUGAUGUCUGCAGAUAGGUCAGUUGAGCCCAGCAGGUAUGUGGUUCUGAGCCUUGCAGAUACGCGAGUGCGAGCCCCGCAGGUACACACUAGUGAGGGAGCAGUGCACGGCCGCAGCCCCUCCUGCCCUUCUCUCGCAUCUCCUGCGCUCCUCGGGAAGAACCCGAUUUCCUCCGUUAUGUUUUGGACUGAACGUUCCAGGCAACCGUUCUCAGCGCUGAGAUUCUUUCCCGUUCCAAGCCCCCUCUCAGACUGGGCCUGACUGCCUCGGACCCGGACCGGCCGUCCCAUCGCACCCCGUCCCGUCCCGCCCCCCGCCCCGCGCGGUGUCACGUGCACGGAGUCACGUGCCGCCCGGAGAUGGCCGCGGCGGCGCUCCUCAGGUGCCCGCGGGCCUGAGCGCGGCGGAGCGGCGUGCGGUCGCCGCGCGGCCAUGGAGGUGUACAUCCCCUCCUUUCGCUACGAGGAGAGCGAGCUGGAGCGGGGCUACACGGUCUUCAAAAUAGAAGUGCUAAUGAGUGGAAGGAAGCAUUUUGUGGAGAAGAGAUAUAGUGAAUUCCAUGCUCUCCAUAAAAAGCUCAAGAAAUGCAUAAGGACUCCAGAGAUCCCUUCAAAGCAUGUAAGGAACUGGGUCCCAAAGGUCCUGGAGCAGAGACGACAAGGCUUGGAGUUGUACUUGCAGACAGUCAUUUUAGAAAAUGAAGAGCUUCCUAAAAUAUUUCUCGAUUUCCUGAAUGUUCGACAUGUACCUUCCCUGCCAAAAGCAGAAAGCUGUGGCUCUUUUGAUGAAACAGAGUCUGAAGAAUCAAGCAAACUGUCCCACCAGCCUGUGCUGCUGUUCCUGAGGGAUCCCUAUGUCUUGCCUAAAGCCAAUGAUAACUUUCCAAAUGUGGUUAUAGAAGGCAUUCUACAUGGAAUAUUUUAUCCUCAUUUACUGCCAAGGUAGAAGAGAUACAUGGCUAGAAGAAGCUGAAGCAAGUCUCCAAGUAACAUUUAAUCAAAUUAGUAAGAAGGAUUAUUGUGCUCAAAAUCAGGAGGCACAACCUCGGCUUAACUUUAUGUGUUACUUUUUUUUUUUUAAUCAGUGUCAGUACUGUUGCUGCUCUAAAAAAGAUAUGGAAACAACCAUACAGAAGGUAGUUAUACCUUGUUGAUAAGACUCUCUGUAACUAUUUAACACUACAAGCCGAAUGUCAUACACUGAGGUACAUUACCCUUUGAAAAGAAUUAAAAGCUGUACUAAUAUUUUCUACUGUUUCUAUCCUAAAUUACACUAAAUCUUUUUGCACGAGGCUUUUUCUCAGCACAUGGGCCCAUUGCUGGCAGUGGAUGGAUUGAAAGUGCUGGCACUUAAGUGAGUGCACGAAAAACUGAGGAAUUUGCUGAGUAUUUUUCUUAAGUUAUUUUCAAUUUGCUUCUUAAUUAUUGGUUGGAAAAGAGCCAACACGGGUAUGUGCAGUUGCCAUGAGAAAUCAUGCUUUUUAUGUUCUGAAAUACAUAAUUCUCUUCUAGAAAAUUGUCCAGAUUUCAGUCACAAUUAUACUAUCUACUGGGGGAUCUUGCAUGGCAUUUAUGCACCUCAUUCAGUUAUGACAUAUAAUGUGUGCAUUCUUACUCUUUAUUUUGCAGACUGUAUUCUGUAUCUUAACAUUUUAUGAGUCACAGAGCAUACAACUCUGUGGUAAGCUAAAGUUUGAUUAAGUAGUAUAACGUGGCAAAACUCAUAAAUAUAUAUAUACUUGUGUGUAUAUAUAUUCAGAUUUAACUGGAAAUUGUGUGCUUCUGGAGAUUACAAAAUAAAUUACUAGAGUGUGGA